AUGAUCAGAAGACAUCUUGCACUGCGAGUCGUCGAAGCGCUUCCUCGCCAAGUGUUAUUGCCCACUGGCGGAAAGUUCAGUGCUCCUGGCUACAUCUUGUCAAAGUAUGCACCGCUCGCAAGACAUGCAUUCAGCACCAGCUCUUACCGGCUGUCAAAUGUUUUGAAAACUGCAAGGGAACUGAUAGACUCCAAGUUGUCACUUGGUGGUAAGGUUACCGUGGUAACUGUGUUGACCUUUUCCUGGGAAGGGGGAUCGCGAGGUAUUGGCUUAGCCUUAGCCAAAACAGCAGCGGCACUAGGCAGCGAUGUCGCUAUUUUAGAUGUUCAUGAACCAGAGACGAGUGUUUCCCAGCUGGAAACGGACUAUGGUUCUCGUUUUAUCUUUCAGCGAAUGGAUGUUACCUCGAAGAUUGCUAUGGAACUUGCUUUUGAUAAAGUAGUUGAGGACUUGGGCAAGGUCGAUAAUUGUAUAACAUGCGCUGGGAUUGCUCUUGACAAACCCUUUCUCGAACACUCAUGGGAAGAGUCCCGUCGUGUUCUUGACAUCAAUGUCCUGGGGUCAUUUUUCUCGGCACAGCUAGCUGCCAAGCAAAUGGUCAAGCAAGGCAACGGCGGAUCUAUUGUUAUGGUUGCUUCCAUCGCUGCGCAUUGUGCUAUACCAGCUCAGCGAGUUUCAAUCUACGGUGCCUCAAAGGGGGCCAUCAAGGUUUUGGGGAAGACACUUGCGGUCGAAAUGGCCCCAUUCAACAUUCGUGUAAACACCAUUUCCCCAGGGUUCAUCGAAACGAAAAUGUCCGCACAAUUCGCGGAUAUCCAGGACGUGUUUAGAACAACACCUCCAAUGGGACGCAUUGGACAGCCCGAGGAUUUGGCACUUGCCGUAGCUUAUUUGUUAGGAGAAGGCGCUUCGUAUACAACAGGUACGGAUAUCGCUGUCACUGGAGGAUUGCACAAUGGGCGCAUUGAGGUUUAA